CGGUACAUCUACGCGCUUUCCUUGAAAACCACGAUAAUGGACAUACUAUCAAGGUUACUGGCUAGUUGUGAUGAUCCCUGCAUUGUCUGAAAAUAUGUUAGACCCGAACAUUUGCAUCAAAAAGCCUUUUGAUUUCGGAUAUCCCGUUUUGUGUGGAUCUUUAGGAUGGAAACAAGGAGACGAAGAAGGAAAAUGGGCUCAAAAAGCUAUCGAAACCUUAAUAAAAAAGUUGAAGAAGCGAAAAGGUGUUUUAGAAAGGCUUCAGUACGCCCUGCUUCACCCAAACGAGCCCAGUGAAUGUGUCACUAUCCCACGAUCUCUAGAUGGUCGAAUUCAGGUCUCUCAUCGAAAAGGAUUUCCACAUGUUAUAUAUUGCAGGGUCUGGCGUUGGCCAGACCUCCAGAGUCACCAUGAGUUAAGGCCUGUAGAAAAUUGUAAAUUACCAUUCAGUUCUAAGGAAACGGAGGUGUGCAUUAACCCAUAUCAUUAUACUCGGGUUGAUUAUCCUGUUUUGCCCCCUGUAUUAGUGCCUAGACAUAACGAAUACCCAACAAUGGAUUCUACCAAAAAGGAGUCUCUAAGUGACGAAACAUGUGACUCACGCUGUUAUUCAGGAUUCCAUGCCGUAAAUUAUCAGGAACCAAAAUAUUGGUGCAGUAUUGUGUAUUAUGAAUUAAAUUCACGUAUUGGUGAAGCAUACUUUGCCAGUAUACCCAGUAUUAUUGUCGAUGGCUUCACCAAUCCAGGUCGGGAUAGUGGUCGGUUUUCCGUAGGAUUUCUAUCAAAUAUCAAUAGGAGCCUGGCUGUUGAAAAUGCCCGCAAACAAAUUGGAAAGGGUGUUCACUUGUUUACCUUUGGUGGUGAUGUUUACGCAGAAUGCUUAUCGGAUUGCAGUAUUUUCAUUCAGUCUCGCGAAUGUAAUGAACGUCAUCAUUUUCAUCCAACAACUGUGAUUAAAAUACCUCCAGGUGGAUGCUUACGCAUAUUUUCCAAUCGUCAAUUUGCUCAUAUUCUUAGUUAUACUAUAUCACGAGGUGUUGAAGCUACUUAUGAUCUUGUACGUAUGUGUACCAUACGAUUAAGUUUUGUUAAAGGUUGGGGUGCUGAAUACCAUCGACAGGACAUUACUUCUACACCAUGUUGGAUAGAAAUCCACUUGCGUGGUCCUUUUUUAUGGCUUGAUCGUGUUCUUCGUCAAAUGGGUCCAAGUAGAAGUCCAAUAUCUUCAGUUUCCUAACUCACAAAAGCUUACUAUAUCAACAACUGUCAGUCAUUUCUUGUUUUAUUUUACUCUAUCAUACAUAAACAUACCCUCAUCACCGUCCCGCUAUACCCAUAUUGUGAUCAUUUAUUUGAGUGGCAAAACUUAAUAUUUUAUUCACUCUGUGAUUGUGUGGUUAUUCGGUUCUAAUAUACCACUUACUCAUUGCCAAAUAAGUUUACCAAUUUUAUUGUUUUUGUAUACGCUUCCUCACCCAUCUUUUCUAAUUUCUAAACAGAAAACUAUCGUAUUGCGUUUUAUGCACUCACUUGCUACCUUAAACACCUAUGUAUUCACAUAUUGUGUUGUUUUUAUCCACCUAAUUUUUAAAUCACAUUGAAGAAUCACUAAUUCCCUCCCUGUUAUUUUUACUAUUUCGAUUAUUUAUUGUAUGUAAUAUCUACCUUUAUUUUGCCGUGAUUACAUAUACUACACACUCUAUUUAGAUCACAUGUAUUCGCUUUUUUGCCUAUUAUCAUGGUAUUGACAUUAUUAUUAUUAUUAUUAUUAUUAUUAUUAUUAUUAUUAUUAUUAUUAUUAUUAUUAUUAUUAUUAUUAUUA